GGAGUGAACUUUCUCUAUUGGCUUGGAAUACCUCUCUCUUUCAAACACACGCGAGCAGAACAAUCCUUCCCUACGCCAAUCAAUCGACCAUCCUCCCGUGGCGCACAUGAUGAGAGACUUCCCGUCCUGCUUCGGCGAAAGCGGAGUCCAAAUCGCCGACUCGUCGCCGUCCUUGGCGAGGAACAGCCCCCAGAACUCGGUCACCUGCAUCUACAAGUCCAAGGUACGCGGCCGCCCUUGCCUGAUCACUGUUACCUGGACCAAGACCCUCAUGGGCCAAGGCCUCACUGUCCUGAUCCUCGUCGACGACGGCGAUGGGGGCGACCCCGCCAGCUCGUCUCGCUCCCUCUGCCGAGUCGAAAUCAAGCCCUGGCUCCUCAUCUCCAAGCAUAGAGGUUGCCGGAAAGCCCCAUUGUCGUCAUCAGAUUCCUCCACUCUCGACGUUCACUGGGACCUCUCGAACGCGAAGUUCGGCGCUGCCCCCGAACCUGUCCAGGAUUAUUACGUCGCGGUCAAGGAUGACCGGGACAUGGUCCUCCUCCUAGGGGACAUGGAGAAGGAGGCCUACAAGAAGCUCGCCGGCCUGGGCUGGGACCGUGACACCGCAGUACUCGUGGGGAAGCGGGAGAACGUGUUCGGUAAGAAAAGCUACUGCACGAGGGCCCAGUUCCGGGACAAGGGCCAGGCACACAGCGUGGUGAUUGAGUGCGACCCCGGCGGUGGCGCUCCGGCCGAGCCAUGCCUCGUGAUAAGGAUCGACGACCGGGACGUGGUGAGAGUGAGGAGGCUGCGGUGGAAGUUCCGGGGGAACUGCAUGAUCGACGUGGACGGCACCGGCGUGGAGGUGUUCUGGGACGUCCAUAACUGGCUCUUCGGGGGCGAUUGCGUCGGGAGCAAUUACGGGGUGUUCCUGUUUCAGACGGGCCCGUUCCGGGCCGAGAGCGAAAAUGACAAGUUCCACGGUUCGUCUAGCUCGAACGUGGCGAAGCCUUCGUGCAUUUCGAGCUGGUGGAGCUCAUCGUCGUCCUCUUCCUCGCGGGGGAUCGAAGAUGACCCUCAUCAUCAACAUCAGUUGCAGCUGAAGCAAGGUCUGGCCUUCUCUUUAAUACUGUAUGCUUGGAAGAGUGAAUAAAUAGUACUCCCAAAAAAAAAAAAAAAAAAGAUUGUAAGAAGUAGAGAAGUUUUCUUCUUACUACCUUUCGGUUUUUUUUUUUGGAAAGACAGUUUUGGCUUUUCAUAUGGUUGGAGUGGUUAGUGGUAUGGAAGAUGCAUAAGAUGAGUUCUUCAUGAGUUUGAUCGAAGUACAGUGAAAUGAA